AUGCUUGCCACUGGACCGAGUGCUAUCUCACUUGUUACAGCGGACGAGCUAUUGUAUGAUGAAGCGAUUGAGUUUUACCAGCAGCUUGGUUUUAUUAUCAAUGCUGAAUGGAAUACUCAAGAGGUUCAGCUGUCGCUUUCUGCACAUGCCAAUGGAUCAUUGCGUGAGACCACUCUGGUGCUGUUCGGAGUUGGACAAAACAAUGACGCUUCCAUUCGCCUGCGCUACGCCUCGACAGGUGUGCCUGGUGAUGUGUCGCGAAAACAAGUCAAGCAUAUGCGAUCAGCCCGCGAUACCAUGGACUGGCGUGCUGUCGAGUCUUGCCAGAUCAUUGUCGUCGACGAAAUCGAUGUGGAGCUUUUCAAGGAUAUGCUAACUCAACGUAUCCCCCCAACUGAAGAUUGCAAGGAGAUGUAUGUUGUUGACCCUCUGGGCAACCUCGUCGCCUUUACAGUUCAGAAAAUGAUCUCAAAUACUCGCAAAGGUGCCUCCGGUGCUACCACCCCUGGCUAUCUUACUACCGUUCCUUCUCGCGAGGAUCUUCGUGAGUACGCGAGAGCGAGCACUGGCGGUUCGGAAGCCCAGGGCCCAAGGAAGAGAAUCGGUGUUCUCACCUCUGGUGGAGAUGCCCCGGGUAUGAAUGCUGCUGUUCGCUCAGUCGUCCGCUCCGGUAUUAACCAAAAUUGCGAUGUCUAUGCUAUCAACGAGGGCUAUUCGGGCCUGAUCAAGGGUGGCGACAUGAUUCACAAGAUGAGUUGGGAUGACGUUCGAGGAUACUUGUCAAUCGGCGGUACCUUGAUUGGAACGGCUCGCUGCAUGGAGUUCCGUGAACGUGCUGGUCGUUUGCAGGCUUGUUAUAAUAUGAUUGAGAGGGGCAUCGAUGCUCUCAUCGUUAUCGGUGGUGAUGGCUCGCUCACUGGUGCAGACACCUUCCGUGAUGAGUGGCCUGGUCUCAUCAAAGAACUUCUGGACACCAAAAGAAUCGACGAGAAACAGUACAAGGCUCAUCAGCAUCUGAACAUCUCCGGUAUGGUUGGUUCUAUUGAUAACGAUAUGGCUAUGACCGAUCAUACAAUCGGUGCCUACUCCUCUUUGUCUCGUAUUUGUACAAACAUUAGUUGGGUGUCUGCCACUGCCGAGUCGCAUUCUCGUGCCUUUGUCGUGGAGGUCAUGGGUCGCCAUUGCGGAUGGUUGGCUUUGAUGGCCUCAAUCGCUUGUCGUGCAGACUACGUCUUUUUACCUGAGAUGCCUCCGACCGCGAACGAGUGGGUUGGAAAGAUGCAGUCUGUAAUUGAACGUCAUAGAAAGGGUGGCCGUCGCUCAACCUUGGUCGUGGUCGCAGAGGGUGCAAUUGAUAGCGAGUUGAAUCGCAUUUCUCCCGAAAUGGUCAAAGAUGCUCUUGUUGAGAUUGGCCUUGAUACCCGCGUGACAACCCUUGGCCAUGUUCAGCGUGGUGGAUCACCAGUUGCUUUCGAUCGUUUACUGGCUACUCUUCAGGGUGCAGAAGCUGUGCGAUGUGUCCUCGAGUCCACACCUGAAACUCCUUCCGAGAUUAUUGGAAUCAGACUCAACAAGAUCAUUCGUGUGCCUUUGCAGGAGUCUGUGGCUGCCACCAAACGCGUUGCUGAGGCUAUUUCCAAGAAGGACUUCCAGUUGGCUCGCUCCUUGCGCGAUAGCGAUUUCAACGAGGUGCUUGAAAACUAUCUGAGCAUUUCUUCGGCUGAUAUUACGAAUAAGGAUCACCUCAAGGCCGCAAAGCCGAUGAGAAUUGGCAUCAUCGCAGUUGGCGCUCCUGCUGGUGGUAUGAACGCUGCCAUCUCUACUGCAGCUUGUUAUUGUCUUGUUCGCGGACAUACGCCACUGGCAAUUCUCAACUCUUGGUCUGGGUUGGCUCGUCAUGAAUCCAUCAAAGAACUUGAUUGGAUGUCAGCAGACCGAAUGGCUACCCUUGGUGGCUGUGAGAUCGGCUGCAAUCGUAGUCUCCCUGAUGUUGAUUUCGGUAUGAUUGCGUAUCAUCUUUCCAAGCACGAUAUUGACGGUCUCAUGAUUAUUGGUGGUUUCGAGGCUUACAAGUCACUCCAGAUGCUCGAAAAUGCUCGUAACAUUUUCCCAGCAUUCCGCAUCCCCAUGGUCUGUCUACCGGCAACCAUUUCAAACAAUGUUCCUGGCACUGAUUUGAGUUUGGGUUGCGACACAUGCCUCAACUCGCUGACCACAUACUGUGACAUUGUGAAGCAAUCAGCUUCGUCCACUCGCCGUCGCGCUUUCGUUGUUGAGGUCCAGGGCGGUAACUCUGGUUUCAUUGCUGCUAACACUGCACUUAUUACCGGUGCCCACGCCUGUUACGUUCCCGAGAAAGGCAUUCAGCUUGAGCAGCUCACAAUGGAUAUUCGCCAUCUGAGGGAGUGCUUCAGGGCAGAUCAGGGCCGCCAGCGUGCUGGUCGGUUAAUCAUUCUCAAUGAGAAAGCUUCACGGGGUUUCACCACCCAGAACAUUGUCUCAAUUUACAGCAACGAAUCUGAAGGUGCGUUCGAUGUUCGCGAAGCUGUUCCUGGCCAUAUUCAACAGGGUGGUCUUCCUUCUCCCCUUGAUCAGAUUCGUGGUUCCCGACUCGCUGUGAGAUGCAUCAAGUUCCUUGAGGAAAUGCCUUGUCAGUGGUCUCGCGAGACUAGGUCAGACAAGUCCACCUCCGCUUGCGUCAUUGGCGUUGUCGAAGCAAAAGUCAAGCUCACGCCCAUCAAAUAUCUCUGGGAGUAUGAGACUGACGAAACUCUGCGCCGCUCCAAUCGCAUGUCUUGGUACCCUGUGCUCCUUAUGGCAAAUGUCAUGACAGGCCGCCCCGUUAUCGAUGAAGCAGAUCAAUUUCCCCUUGAUCAAAUCGAGCAAGCUUGCGUUACUUGA